AUCCGUCCAUUGGGGACCUGGCUGGCAAUCCAGGCUGGAAUUCAAAAGAUCAGAAUUGGAAACGCCUUAAAAGUUACCAAUUUUACUUGUGAGGAAACGGAGGCAGAGUCAUUUUCCAGGGUCACAGAGCUGUAUGAGUGUCUUGUGCAGUUAAACUACUAACAAGUCCCUAGGAGCAUUCUCUUACAAGAUGAUAGAGGACGAACUGGCACUAUUUGAUAAAAGCAUAAAUGAAUUUUGGAAUAAAUUCAAAAGCACUCUCAGUGACACGUCCUGUCAAAUGAUGGGACUAAGAGAUACCUACAAAGACUCCAUCAAAGCACUUACAGAAAAGCUGUCUGUGAAAUUAAAGGAAGAGGAACGAAUGGUUGAGAUGUUUCUGGAAUAUCAAAAUCAGAUCUGUAGGCGGAAUAAGCUCAUUCAAGAAAAAAAAGACAACUUGUUAAGAUUGAUUGCUGAAAUAAAAGACAAAAAUGAGAAACUAGAAGUACUGACUGCAAAUAUUCAGGAUCUUAAGGAAGAAUAUGCUAGGAAGAAGGAAACUAUUUCUGCUGCUAACAAAGCUAAUGAAGAGAAGUUGAAAAGGCUACAGAAAUCUGCAGACUUGUAUAAAGAUCGACUUGGACUAGAAAUUAGAAAAAUUUAUGGUGAUAAGUUGCAGUUUAUAUUUACCAAUAUUGACCCUAAGCAUCCUGAGAACCCUUUUAUGUUUUCCCUCCACCUAAAUGAAGCAAGGGAAUAUGAGGUGUCAGAUAGUGCUCCUCAUCUUGAGUGCCUGGCAGAAUUUCAAGAGAAAGUAAGGAAGACCAACAAUUUCUCGGCUUUUCUUGCCAAUGUCCGGAAAGCUUUUACUGCUAUGGUUUAUAAUUAAUAUAUGAAUAGUAUAUGAACACUUUAUUUUUCUUCCCUAUUGUGUAUCUCUUUUAAAAGAAUUCUCAUUAUCCACUGUUUGCCUGUAAUUCUUUUGUAUUUUUGUAACAUUUCUGUGUGGUUUAUUUCUUUAAAUUAUUUUAACUAAAAUCUUAAAUAAAAUUUAUAAAGUCAAA